AUGGCUUCAGAUGAUUCUUUUUCUUCCGCUCCUCUUUCCAUUUCUCAAGUUGUAGCUCUCAAACUCACUGAGUCCAACUAUCUCCAAUGGAAAACUCAAUUCGAGUCCUUCCUCUCACCUCAAAUGCUUCUUGGGUACGUUAAUGGCUCGCUUCCUCGUCCAGCAUCCACUCGAUCUGUCACUGGUGCUGCAGGGGUUACUGAAGAGCCUAAUCCGGAGUUCGAGAAGUGGAUUCGUAAUGACCAACUGGUCAUGGCAUGGAUCUUAGGAUCUCUCUCUGAAACCGCCAUCCGAGUCGUGUAUGGUCUGCAGUCUGCUCAGGAGGUAUGGUCUGCUCUCGCUAAAAGGUUUAAUAGAGUUUCUACCACUAGGAAGUUUGAACUACAGAAUAAGUUACGUGCUUGCCUUAAGUCUGGUAAAACCAUGGAAGAUUACCUUAGCGAACUCCAACAAAUCUUUGACCAGCUAGAUUUAAUUGGCUUUCCCAUGACCGACCUAGAGAAAAUACAUGGGUUGUUGUUUGGUCUAGGCAAGGAAUAUGAAACUGUUGCUACCGUGAUUGAGCAUUCUAUGGAUUCUCUUCCCACUCCUUGCUAUGAAGAUGUAGUCUUUAAGACAGCAUACUAUGAUCGAGGAGGUUCAAACAACAGAGGCGGUCGUUCUGGUGGAGGUUACAGAGGAAAAGGAAAUUACUCUACCGGAGGACGCGGCUUUCAGCAGCACGGUAGUGGUCAGAAUAGUCAGAACAGAGGAAAUGGUGGCACAAAACCAACCUGUCAGAUCUGUGGGAAGUAUGGUCAUAGUGCCUUUGACUGCUACAAUCGCUAUAAUGAGUCUCUCACCAAACCUGAUUUACCAAAUGCUUUGGCUGCAAUGCGUGUCUCCGAUAGUGAACAACAACACACUGGUGCAGAGUGGUUGCCUGAUAGCGGUUCAACAGCUCACAUUACCAACACAACCGCUAAUCUGCAGCAUGCUCAACCCUAUCAUGGAAAUGAUUCCGUAAUGGUAGGUAAUGGUGAGUUUCUGCCCAUUACACACAUCGGCUCAGUGCCACUACAGACUCUAUCAGGUAAAUUUCUACCUCUUAAGGAUGUUCUUGUCUGUCCUAACGUUGCUAAGUCCCUUCUAUUAGUGUCUAAACUAUGCUUAGACUAUCCUUAUUCUGUGAAAUUUGACUUUGAUGGUGUACGUGUAAAGGACAAGCAUACCAAGCAGCUCCUCACAACAGGAAACCUGAGUAAAGAUCAUUAUGUGUUGGACAAUCCUGCCUUUGCUACUCUCUACUCUACAAGACAACUUGCUACUAGUGAUUAUUAG